AUGGGAAAAUCGAAAACUCCAAAGAUCAAAGUUACCUUAGUGGAGGGUCACGGCAUAGGACCAGAAAUAACAAAAGCGGUAGUGAAAGUUUUCGCGGCAGCAAAAGCUCCUAUAGAAUGGGAAACAGUUUGUGUUGAGGCGGUAAAAGACGAGCAAGGUAAAAUGGUUCUUCCCAAAGAAGUGACGGAAUCGUUUAAGAAAAAUAAAGUCGGCCUAAUGGGGCCGCUUAGACCCUCGGCCGGCAAAGGUUGUCCAUCGUGGAACAAUAUGCUCCAUAAAGAGUUUAAUUUGUAUGUGAACAUUAGACCGUGCAAGAACAUUGAAGGUUGCCCCACCCUAUAUAAAGAGGUCGACAUAAUUACAGUACGCGAGAACUCUGAAGGCGAAUACACCGGUAUCGAACACGAGAUUGUUGACGGUGUCAUGCAAAGUAUUAAAUUGAUUACCAAAGAUGCUUCAAUGCGUGUGGCUAAGUACGCUUUCGAGUAUGCGAAAAAGUGUAAACGCAAGAAGGUGACCGCAGUUCAUAAAGCCAAUAUAAUGCGCAUGUCGGACGGUUUAUUUUUGGAGAGCGCCAAAGAAGUAGCCAAAAACUAUCCGGAUAUAGAAUUCGAAGAACGAUUCCUCGAUACUGUUUGCGUGAACAUUGUACAAAAUCCUAUAAAAUAUGAUGUUCUGGUUAUGCCUAACUUUUAUGGUGAUGUUCUUUCGGAUAUGUGCUCGGGUUUAAUUGGCGGAUUAGGUUUAACAGCCUCUGGAAAUAUAGGCAAUGAGGUAGCAAUUUUUGAAGCUCUGCAUGGCACCGCUAUGGACAUAGCUGGUGAAAAUCUUGCAAAUCCUACGGCUCUAUUAUUAUCCGCUGUUAUGAUGCUGGAGCAUAUGAAUCUUAAAGAAUUCGCUGAGAAAAUAACUAAAGCAGUUCAUGUUGUAAUUAAAGAAGGUAAAGUGCGAACAAAAGAUUUGGGCGGUAAAUCGAAUUGUUCAGACUUUACAAAAGCCAUUUGCUCUAAACUCAAGUAG